GGCUGGAAGCAGGGCAGGGGGGCCCGCAGAGAUUGGGCAGAGGGCCGGUGCUGCAGCGAGGAUGAAUCUCCGCGGGAGCAGAGGGGCAGGUCUCCAAGAAAGAGGUCGUCAAACACACUGCAGCAGCACACCGACGGCACCGGACCUGGCUGGAGGCCCGUUUUUUUCCGGAGCCCUGCGCUGAUUUAACCCUCUCCAGCGGAUGCACUUUAGCACUGCAGCAGCAGGUCCAGAAGCGUGGACGGUUUGCGGCUCUUCUCCACCCACCCCCACGCACACACCUCUUCUCCUCCCCGCGCCCCCAAAGCUUCAGCAGCGAAGCCGGGGCGGAGACGAGGGGCGGCGGCGGAACAGGAGCCGCACCCCUCCCCGGCUCGGCAGCGGCCACCUCGGGAGCUCGGGGCCCGGCUCACCGGGGCGGCUGCAACACGUGGGUGAGGACGGUGCGGCGGGGCGAGCAGCGGCUCCGGCGGGCAGCGGGGUCCCUCCGGCGGGCAGCGGCUCCCGCAGGCAGCAGGGCAGGGGCGGCUCCCGCCGGCGGCCCCGCCGCUGUUCGCCGCCGAGGUGCUGAACCGGAGCCAGCCGCGGCUUACGCGUCCUCCCCCGCCGCCUCCUCCCGCGCAGCAGCUGGAGCAGGAGAAAGCGGAUCCGGCGAGUCCCGGUCCCUCCUCCUUCCUCCUCCUCCUCCUCGGAGCUGCCGGAGGAAGAGCGAGGUGGGAGCCGGUGAGCAUGGAGCGGGCGGCGGCGGGGCCGGAGGCAGCCGGUGGCUGCUGCUCGCCGCUUGCAUGAAGCGGCCGGGCGGAGGCGGCGGCGGGGAGUGAGGCCGGGCCAGGGCCGGGCGAGGCGGCUCCGGGCUCCGGCAGCUCCCCCCACCCCCCUCCGGCCCCGGCCAUGGCGGCGGCAGCUCGGCGGAGCCGCGGCGGGGCGGUGGUGCUGGGCCUGCUGCUGCUGCUGGGGCUCGGCACCGGGCGAGCGGCGGGAGGGCAGCUCCGUUACUCGGUGCGGGAGGAGCUGCCGCUUGGAGCCUUCGUGGGUAGCGUGGCGAGCGACCUGGGCGUGGAUCCGCGGCGGCUGGCAGCCAGGGGAGCACGGCUAACCUCGGGCAGCGGCCGGCAAUACCUGGAGCUGGAACUGGGCCGCGGAGCGCUGCUGGUCCGGGAGCGGAUGGACCGCGAAGCUCUCUGCGAGCUCAGCCCCACCUGCUUCCUCAGCCUGGAGCUGGUCAUCGAGCAGCCCAUCGAGGUGCACAACGUGGAGGUGGAGGUGCUGGACAUCAACGACAACGCCCCGCGCUUCCCCCGCCAGGAUUACCGGCUGGAAAUCAGUGAGUCUGCCCUGCCUGGGGCUCGCUUCCACAUAGAGAGUGCCCAGGACCCCGAUGUGGGCACCAACUCUGUGCAGAGCUACCAGCUCAGCCCCAGCCACCACUUUGCCCUGGACCUGAAAGGCUUCCAGAGUGGCAGCAAACUCCUGGAGCUGGUGCUGCAGCAGCCACUGGACCGGGAGCAGAGUGCCCUGCAGCAGCUGGUGCUAACUGCUGUGGAUGGUGGGGACCCCCCCAAGUCUGGUACAGCCCAGAUCUCUGUGCGAGUUAUGGAUACCAAUGACAACCCUCCUGCCUUCGACCGUUCCACCUACACCGUGAGCCUUCUGGAGAAUGCCCCGCCAGGCACACUAGUGGUCAAACUCAAUGCCUCAGAUCCUGAUGAAGGCUCCAAUGGGGAUGUGAUCUACUCUUUUGGCAGCUACACCCCACAGAAGGUGAGAGAGCUCUUUAGUGUGGACCCACACUCGGGGGAGGUGCGGGUUAAUGGUACCUUGGACUAUGAAGAGGCAUCCUCCUAUGAGAUCUAUGUGCAAGCCACCGAUCAGGGCCCUGUCUCUAUGGCUGGGCACUGCAAGGUGCUGGUCAACAUUGUGGAUGCCAACGAUAAUGUUCCUGAGGUGGUCCUGACUUCCUUGUACAGCCCAGUGCCAGAGGAUGCAAAACCAGGAACUGUGGUGGCCCUGAUGAGCGUCACCGACCAGGACUCGGGGCUGAACAAGCAAGUGAGCCUGCGCAUCCCCCCUGGCCUCCCCUUCACACUCAACUCUUUCAAGAACUCCUACACCUUGGUCACCCAGGGCAAACUGGACCACGAGAAAGCAGCAGCCUAUAACAUCACAGUUACAGCUACCGACUCCGGCAGCCCCCCACUCUCCUCCCAGAAGGUGAUCCACGUGGAGAUCUCCGACAUCAACGACAACCCUCCGCGCUUCGAGGAGCCCGUGUACUCCGUUUACAUCCCAGAGAACAACCCCAUUGGAGCCUUGAUGUGCACUAUCAAAGCCACUGACCCAGAUGUCGCCGAAAAUGCCUACGUGUCCUACUCUCUCCUGGCUGGGGAGAUCGAAGGGCUACCUGCCACCUCCUAUGUCUCCGUCAAAUCUGACAGCGGCAACAUGUAUGCCACCAGGUCCUUUGACUAUGAGACGCUGAGGGAGUUCCAAGUGACUGUCCAGGCUCAGGAUGCUGGGAUGCCACCACUGAGCAGCACUGUCACUGUCUACAUCUAUGUGGUGGACGAGAACGACCACGCUCCCCAGAUUCUGUAUCCUACCUCAACCAACAAUUCAGCAGCCCUGGAGAUGAUCCCCCGCUCGGCCUAUGCUGGAUAUUUGGUAACCAAAAUUAUAGCCAUUGAUGGGGACUCAGGGCAAAACGCUUGGUUGUUCUUCCACCUGGUGCAGAUGUCAGACCCGGGGUUGUUCAGGAUAGAGCUCCACACUGGGGAGAUUAGGACUACUCGCAAACUGGGGGAGGAGAGCUCGCCCACUUUCAACCUGACGGUGGAGGUGAGGGACAACGGAGAGCCCCCCAUGUCCUCGUCGGUAGCCAUCACCGUUGCCGUGGUGGACAGAGUUUCCAAGAUCAUCCCCGACAGGAGGAGACACGUUAAGAGCCCAAGCAGUUACUCAGAGAUCACUCUGUAUCUCAUUAUCGCUCUGAGCGCCGUCUCCUUCGUUUUCCUUUUCACCAUCGUUGGGCUCAGCAUCAUCAAGUGCUACAGACACAGUCUGUAUGGGCACUCCUGCUGUGCAGGCUUCUGUGGGGUCCGAGAGCGCUGCUCUGCUGACUUAUACAAGCAGGCCAACAACAACAUCGACGCCAGGUUACCCCAGGGCUUGAAAGUCCAACCCCAUUUCAUUGAAGUGAGGGGCAAUGGGUCCCUCACCAAGACCUACUGCUAUAAGGCUUGCCUGACAGCGGGGUCAGGAAGUGACACUUUUAUGUUUUACAACACCUGUGGCCCAACAGGGACAACUGGGCCCUCUGCGGUGGUGACUGAGAGGCAUCUGACAGGACAGAGUGGGCAGAGUGCACAAAACCUGAUCAUACUUAAAAAUGACUCCAUGACUCCUAACGAGCCAAAGCACCCCAACCCUGACUGGCGCUACUCUGCAUCCCUCCGGGCAGGAAUGCAAAGUGCUGUGCAUGUGGAGGAGGCUGGAGUCCUACGUGGAGGACCAGGAGGGCCUGAGCAGCAGUGGCCAACUGUCUCCAGUGCUACUACAGAACCUGAAGCAGGAGAGGUGUCCCCCCCGGUGGGAGCCGGUGUGAACAGCAACAGCUGGACCUUUAAAUUUGGACCCAGCAGUUCCAAACAAGGUGGUCCUGGUGAGUUGCCAGACAAAUUCAUUAUCCCAGGAUCUCCUGCAAUCAUCUCCAUCCGGCAGGAGCCACCCAACAGCCAAAUUGACAAAAGUGACUUCAUAACCUUUGGCAAGAAGGAAGAGACCAAGAAGAAGAAGAAAAAGAAGAAGGGAAACAAGACUCAGGAGAAAAAAGAGAAGGGCAACAGCACCACUGAGAACAGUGACCAGUGAGGGGUUGGCACUGAAGGAACCUCCUUAGCCAGAUUUUGUAACCAUGGCAGAUUUCUCCUAUGUAGCAACUCCCAAAUUCUUCCUACUCUUAACCAAUUUCCUGUUAUGUACAGACUUGAGAAAAGCAGCAGGAAAUUUUUUUCCAGUGUCUGUCUCAAAUUGCUUAACAGGUUUUUGUCUUAAAAAAAAAAAAAAGCUUUAUUAAGUCUGGUGUUAACUCUUUUUCUCCACUCUGGCUUGUUUUCAGACUCUAAAAAGCAGACACAAGUUUCCUUUCUCCUCCGCCGAACAGGAGAACCUUCCCAGUACAGCCAGUGAGAGGUUGGACUCUGCACUGUGGUUCCUGUGCUCCUGUCUUGGUGACACUUUACAGGCCAGGUUUCAAAGCUGUAAUGUUGUGCACCCUCUAUCUGAUUGGAAAUCUUGUGUGUGCAGAUGUCAGCUAGGGGACCACGAGAUCAGGUUGUAAAAUGCAAGGAGGGCUGGUAAAUAACAGAAGAACCAC